GAGUGCGAGGGAGUGAGGGAGGGAGGAAAAUAAACAACAAAAAAUGUCCUCUUCCUCCCCCACCGGGCAGAUUGCAAGUGCGGCGGACAUCAAGCAGGAGAAUGGGAUGGAAAGCGCCUCGGAAGGGCAGGAGGCGCCCCGAGAAGUGGCGGGGGGCGCGGCGGCGGGGCUGAGCCCCCCGGCUCCAGCCCCUUUCCCCCUGGAGCCGGGGGACGCCGCGGCCGCCGCCGCCAGGGUGAGCCGAGAGGAAGGGGUGGUGGCGGCGGCGGCCGGAGCGACGGCGGAUCAGGUACAACUCCACUCGGAACUUCUGGGCAGGCACCACCAUGCCGCGGCCGCCGCCGCCGCGCAGACCCCACUGGCCUUCUCGCCCGACCAUGUCGCCUGCGUCUGCGAGGCGCUGCAGCAGGGGGGUAACCUGGACCGCCUGGCCAGGUUCCUGUGGUCCCUGCCCCAGAGCGACCUGCUACGUGGCAACGAGAGCCUGCUGAAGGCGCGGGCGCUGGUGGCCUUCCACCAGGGCAUCUACCCCGAGCUCUACAGCAUCCUCGAGAGCCACAGCUUCGAGUCGGCCAACCACCCGCUGCUGCAGCAGCUCUGGUACAAGGCGCGCUACACCGAGGCCGAGCGCGCCCGCGGCCGGCCGCUGGGCGCCGUGGACAAGUACAGGCUGCGCAGGAAAUUCCCCCUGCCCCGCACCAUCUGGGACGGCGAGGAGACGGUGUAUUGUUUCAAGGAGAAGUCGCGCAACGCGCUCAAGGAGCUCUACAAGCAAAAUCGCUACCCUUCGCCCGCCGAGAAGCGGCACCUGGCCAAGAUCACCGGCCUCUCCCUCACCCAGGUCAGCAACUGGUUCAAGAACCGCCGGCAGCGCGAUCGGAACCCCUCGGAGACCCAGUCCAAAAGUGAGUCAGAUGGCAAUCCCAGCACUGAAGAUGAAUCCAGCAAGGGCCAUGAGGAUUUGUCUCCUCAUCCACUCUCCGGUUCUUCCGAUGGUGUCACCAGCCUCAGCCUUUCCAGUCACAUGGAGCCAGUUUAUAUGCAACAAAUUGGAAAUGCUAAGAUAUCAUUAAGCUCUUCUGGAGUUUUGUUGAAUGGAAGCUUGGUACCUGCAAGUACUUCACCUGUCUUCCUUAAUGGUAAUUCUUUCAUUCAGGGACCCAAUGGAGUUAUCCUUAAUGGAUUGAAUGUGGGAAAUACACAGACAGUGUCAUUGAACCCACCAAAAAUGGCAUCCAACAUUGUGAGCAAUGGUAUAUCCAUGACUGACAUACUGGGGUCUACCUCCCAGGAUGUGAAGGAGUUCAAAGUCCUCCAGAGUUCUUCAGCUAACUCAGCAGCCACCACCUCCUACAGCCCCAGUGCCCCUGUGUCCUUCCCAGGGCUGAUACCCAGCACUGAGGUAAAAAGAGAAGGCAUUCAAACAGUGGCUUCCCAGGACGGAGGCUCUGUAGUGACUUUUACUACACCCGUGCAGAUUAACCAGUAUGGCAUUGUCCAGAUCCCCAAUUCCGGAGCAAACAGCCAGUUCCUUAACGGGAGCAUUGGAUUCUCUCCACUGCACCUGCCUCCUGUUUCAGUGGCAGCUUCACAAGGUAAUAUUUCAGUAAAUUCAAGCACUUCAGAUGGGAGCACAUUUACAAGUGAGUCCAGCACAGUCCAGCAAGGAAAGGUUUUCUUGAGCUCUCUUGCUCCCAGUGCAGUGGUAUACACUGUUCCUAAUUCAGGCCAAACUGUAGGGUCUGUUAAACAAGAGGGCUUGGAGAGGAGCCUGGUAUUUUCUCAGUUGAUGCCCGUCAAUCAGAAUGCACAAGUAAAUGCAAACCUGUCUUCGGAAAAUAUCUCCGGGAGUAGCCUCCAUCCACUGGCCUCCUCGUUAGUUAAUGUAUCCCCAGCUCAAAAUUUUUCCCUGACUCCCCCUGCCCUCCUAAAUCCUGCCGAGCUGAACACUGACAUUGCUGAUAGCCAGCCAAUGUCUGCCCCUGUGGCUAGCAAACCUACUGUGACGUCUGUCAGCAGCACCAACUAUACAACUCUUCAGAACUGUUCCCUUAUUACUGGUCAAGAUCUGUUGUCAGUCCCCAUGACCCAGGCUGCCCUUGGAGAAAUCGUUCCUACGGCUGAAGACCAGGUGGGUCACCCCUCCCCAGCAGUACACCAGGAUUUUGUCAGAGAACAUCGUUUGGUUCUGCAGUCAGUAGCUAACAUAAAAGAGAAUUUCUUAACAAAUUCUGAGAGCAAAGCAGCAAGUAACUUACUGAUGCUGGACUCCAAAUCCAAGUAUGUCCUAGAGGGCAUGGUCGAGACUGUCUGUGAAGACCUGGAAACAGACAAAAAAGAGCUUGCCAAGCUCCAAACUGUCCAGCUGGAUGAAGAUAUGCAAGACUUAUAAACUUUAUUUCCCAUUUUUCUUCUUGUUUUUGUUUUUCUGGUAUCAAGGGGCAAAUCUUUUCAUGAAGCCCUGAGGACAUAAAGCGUUUUCCCAUUGAAAGGGAAACACUAGUUUUGCAAGUAAAUGCAUCAAGAGACUUUGGAUUGAUCUGCCCAAAGAUCGCAGUUAAAUAUACAGGAGGAGAACUGCAUUACUGCAGCCUUUUGGUUCAUGUAUGUUCUCUUUUAAAUAGAUGGAGACAAAAGAACAAGAUGAAGUAUGUCAAGUCAAAGUGUAUCAUUUGGUUGACUUACUAUGAUUCUAAGGUCAAAUGGAACUUGAUAGUUUUUUCAGUUAAAAAUGUAUACACCUAACAUAGAAAAUUAAAAAUUGCUACAGAGCAUUAGAAACAAUACAAUUUUUUUUGUUUACUUUUACUCCAUGGGCAUUGAUAAGAUUAAGAAGCAUAAACGGUACUCCACACUAUUCUAAGGGUAUAUUUUUUUGAAUAUAUGCAUUUGUUUUUCAACAUUUUUGUGAAAGUCUUAGUUUGUCUACACAUUUCCAAAUGUGAUUGCUUAUAAUUCAGUGUGGCUGAGAAAGUUUGCAACUCCACUAAAAACUCUGAAAUAAACUUCAGUAUGAGUGUAAAUAUAUUAGUUCCACAACCAAGGAUUUGAGUAAUUACAGUGAAUUUUAUUUAUGAUGUAAAUGUUUCUCUUAUACUUCAGACACUAUGAACUGAAAAGAAAAAUGUCUUCUUACUGUUUAAUUUAUUUUUAUUGUUUGAACAGGAAGUGAACAUAGUUAUUUCCAACAAAGUUUUACUUUUUGUAGGAUUUUAAAAGUAAUGAUUUUUAUCAGGAAUUAUUAAGGUCAAUAUUAAUAACACUGAAACAGGAAAUCUAACUCCCAAUAUUGGAAUUUUGGUACUUUUUUUCACCUCCUUGCUCUUUAUUUAGCAACUCUCUGAUUCAUUUAAAUAUGGUUUCUAUAGAAUUCUAUGUGCCUUUUUACCUUGUGGCCUUUUUAUUAUUCUUACUAAGGUACAGAAGUGUCAACAGAAGCACUGAUGGCUCUUUUCUACUAUCUAACAGGGUUAAUUUCACCACAGAAUUGCUUUAAAUCCAAAGAACUUAAGUUUUACUUCUAUUAUUAUGUAUAAUGUUUAUGAUGCAAAUGGAUGAACAACUAAUUGUUGUUGAUGCUUUUCCUUACAAUGAAAAUAACAAUAAUUAUAGACUACCAUCAAUUCUGUAGGCUAUGAAAACAACCAUUUUAAAGUAAACAAAGUGUAUGUAAAUUCUGUUGAGCAAAAUUCUGUCCUUUUUAAUCUUAGUUCUAAAUAUUUUGAUACAUUAUGACAUAUGACUGUUUGCACUAUAUUAUCAUGUUCUUUAAAAGUAAAUCUUUGGGUUUCUGUAAGAGGCUUGUUUGAUAAUGUUGUGAGCUGUGGUUAUAUUUUCUAUCGGGACUCUGAACACAAGAUGUAAUAAUGCAAAUACAUUAAUGUAGUGAGUAAAGUCUCUGGUCUCUGCAAAGUGAGAGAAUGAUCUCUUCAGAGAGGACUUGAAGUUGUUGAACAUAAAGAUGUUACCACAUCUUGCUUUCUUUGUGAUCAGAACAAAGGGUCCACCAAGAUCUCUGCAUGCCCAUCACCAAGCAUGUUGACUAAGGGCCAUAGAGGAUUUAACUUUUGUUGUUAUUACAAAUGGAACUUGCAGGCAUAGAUAAAGAACCCUGUGAAGAAUUCCUCUCCCAUCGUUUUGGCAAAGAACUUAGAUCCCAUUUUCCGUGGAAUUAGUGAAUGUUCCUAAACUGCUGAAACUACAUGUUUUUUGUUUCGUUUUUAACCAAGGCAGGCGUUUUAGAGCUCUCUUCUGCUCCACCACUGCUUGGACAGCUUGUUUUUUCUUUGGGUUUGUACUGAUCAUGUGACUGAGAUUAAUCACAUGGUUCUAUAGUGUAGUUCACGUGAAAAUGAUGUUUUCCACUUGAUUGCUACAAAUAUCAAGAGUUUGUUAGUUAUUUAAAAAUACUCAUCCAAUAAGUGAGAUGGGAAGGUUUAAAAAGUUAUGUAUGUUAUAUAUAUAACUAGAAAAGUUUUAUAUGUCUUCCAAAAAUAUAAGCCUCUCUUUUAUUCACAGUUCUUCCUCUUUUCUCCCUUAAGAAAAAGAAAAGAUAGCACAAAACUUAAGACUUACCUAGGAAACCCAGUCAUAGUCCCAACAUGAUGUAGCUAUACCCCUACAGUUACUCCAGGUAGCUACACAAUAUACCAGGUAACAAUCAAUGCACAUUAUAAAGAACUUAUUGUUCUUUUCUAUUCCUUCAGUAAAAUGAGGGCCAGAUGGUAUGUAGCCCAUAUAUAUGUGAAUGAAAUAAGAUAAACCCCGUGAUCUCCUUGCACAGAAUUGCAAAUUUUUUUUGCAGUAGCAAGGGCCGGACUCAGAACUCUUGGAGUUCGUGUGGCAGAAUUUCUCUUACAUAAACCAAUGCUUGAAGAUGCUGCAAAUGAUCCUCUAAUGAUCCCCAAAGAGGAAUCAGAAUAGGGGUAAAUAACUCUCCCUUCAAACCCCAACCUCUGCUGCUGGCUGUGGGAUUUUUGGUGUGAGCCUAUCUAUGCACUCUAUCAGCCAGAAUCUGGCAUUUAGCUCUUAGUUACAUCUAGUAAAGGACAGUCUAUUGUUUAAAGAGAAGGUGCAUUUGUUCCUCAAUCAAGCAAGAGCACCUGUGUUGUACUGCUUUAUAGCUCAUGUAUAUUUAUAGUAAUGAAAAUACUGACUUGUACACAUUUCAGUGCCUUUCCUGUGUUAUGAAAGGCAGGUAGAUGUUAUAGCCAUAGAUAAAAACCCGUAGUUAAAUUGCACACUGACCUUAAAUCUCCUUGUAUAUGCCCUUGCAUCUUGCAUGUUAAAAGUUGGAUUACUGGGCAUGUGUGCAGCCUGCCCUGCUACAUGUUAGAGAAGUGUGCAUUAGUUUUUCAUUCUUUACAAUGUUUGACAGAUCAUCUCAUAAAAAUAAAUAAUUCAGGAAAACAGAGGGGGAAAGAAUUACGUUUUACAAAAGAUGUUUCAAAGUCUUCCUGGAACUUAGAUGAUAGAGUCUAACAGUUACUUUGUAUCUAAUUGAUACAUUUCAUGUUAAUUUAAUAUUACCACCAUACAUUUAUUAAUCAAAAUUGUAUAGCAUGUAACUCUUUUGGCUUUCAGGGUUCUCAAAAAAUUUUUAUUCUUUUGUUGCAUGUACUGUAUGUUUAGACCAGUUAUAUACUCAAUAUGGUUUUACUGUGCCUUACACAAAGAGGAAAUAUACAGAAUGUAUAUCAUGAGGUGGGAUAACAGAGUCUUUACUGCACUGUUAGGUGAUGGCACAUGGAGCAUGUCCCAGAACAUUUCUGUGCUGAAUUACCCAACCAAAGAGAUCUCAAGUAUGUAUGUUGUACUGUAAUAGGGGUUUAUGCCUGGACAAUUAAGUGUUUUAUUUGUUUUCUGAAAUGAUGUGAACUUAUUUUUCUAAACA